CCUGGCAGCUGUGCUGGACGGGGCGGCGCAGUGCCCCUGCGGAUGUGGUGCUGGACUCACGGCUGCUCGCUCUCUUGACCCCCCCCCAGGUCCAUGCAUGCAGCGAGGCUGGCGCCCAACCAUGGGACCACGCGCCCAGCAGCGCUGGGGCCCUGAGAGCUGAGCGGGGCGGAUCGCAGCGGGGGUGUUGUCCCUGCCGGCUCCAAGAUGUCCUACUUCAGGGAGCACUUCUGGGGAGAGAAGAACCACGGCUUCGACGUGCUGUACCACAACAUGAAGCACGGGCAGAUCUCCACCAAGGAGCUGGCCGACUUCAUCCGGGAGAGGGCCACCAUCGAGGAGAACUACGCAAAGUCCAUGGCCAAGCUGUCCAAGAUGGCAACCAACGGGACCCAGCUGGGGACCUUUGCACCCCUCUGGGAGGUUUUCCGCAUCUCCUCUGACAAGCUGGCACUGUGCCACAUGGAGCUGAUGCGCAAGCUGCACGACCUCAUCAAGGAGAUCGCCCGCUACGGCGAGGAGCAAGGCCGGGUGCACAAGAAGUCCAAGGAGGAGGUGUCGGGGACACUGGAAGCCGUCCAGCACCUGCACGGCGUCACCCAGCUGCUGCCCAAGUCCAAGGAGCUCUACUACAGCAAGUGCCAGGAGUACGAGCGCCUGCGCCGCGAGGGCACCAGCCAGAAGGAGAUCGACAAGGCAGAGCUCAAGUCGAAGAAGGCGUCGGAGUCGCUGCGGCGGGCGGUGGAGAAGUACAACGCAGCCCGGGCGGACUUCGAGCAGCGCAUGCUGGACUCUGCCGUGCGGUUCCAGGAGAUUGAGGAGUCUCAUCUGCGGCACAUGAAGGGGCUGAUUGGCUCCUACUCGCACUCCGUGGAGGACACGCAUGUGCAGAUCGGGCAGGUGCAUGAGGAGUUCAAGCAGAACACCUGCCCGGAGGUGGAUGAGGAGGGCUUCACUGUGCGCCCCAACGUCAACCAGAACAACGAGGCUGAGAACCACGGCUGCUCGUCCAGCGACUCGGAUUACGAUGACGACGAGCCGCGCAAGUUCUACAUCCACAUCAAGCCGGUGCAGCCCCGCGAGGCGGGCGGCAGCGCCGAAGCCACCGAUGAGCAGCUGAAGGCCACGGUGGGGAACCUCAUCCUGCCCCCCAGCAUUGGGGGCACAGUGAAGAGGCAGUCGUCCCGACACAUCUCUGCGCUGAGCACGGCCCCGGCGGACGUGGCGCUGGCUGCGGCAGGUGAACCCACUGGGAAGGCCAAGCCAUGCCACCCCGCGGCCCGGAUCAACAGCUACAUCGGGAAACGCCGGCUGGAUGCGGCCUCUUCCACCGCCCUGUUCGGGCCCCCGCUGGAGUCUGCCUUCGAAGCAGAGGACUUCUCGGCAUCCCGCGCCUACGUCCUCGCAUCCAGCCCCUCGCCCUUCUCCUCCUCGUCGCCAGAGAACGUGGAAGACUCAGGGCUGGACUCCCCGUCGCACCCGGUCACCGGCCCCUCGCCCGACUCCCGGCCCUGGACCCCGCGGCCUGGCACUCCCCAGAGCCCCCUGUCCCGGCAGACGUCCAAGGACUCCCCCCCCUUCCCGGACGACCGGCGCGCCGCCCCCGCGGCCGCCCCCGCUGAGGCCUCGUCGUCCUCCUCCUCACCCUCCCCGGCCCCUGCCAGCGGCAGGGAGUCCGUCAGCCCCUGCCCGUGGCCUCGCCCGGCGCCGGGCAUCCGGCUGUGCGAUGGCACCGUGCCAGCAGCGCCCGAGCCUUCGGCCCACGCUGACCCUCCCCGUGCCCCCACCCAGCCCUGCACUGCCCCCAAGGAUGUCCCGGUGGUGGCCCCCCCUCGGCGAGUCCGGACCAAGAGGCCGUCGGCUGGGCAGACUCUCGGCAGCAACAGUGACCUGUCCCGCUCCCUGAGCCCGUCCCCACUGUGGAGCUGUGGCCCGUCUCACUCCGCGCCAGCCAGCCUGGGCGAGAGGGGCUUCUUCACGGCCAUGCAGCCUGCCCUCGGGCUUUCCCGCGGCCCCAGCCCUGUGGUGCUGGGCUCCCAGGACGCGCUGCCCGUGGCCACUGCCUUCACCGAGUACAUCCAUGCCUACUUCAAGGGUCGGGACCCCGACAGCUGCCUGGUGAAGGUCACGGGGGAGCUCACCAUGUCCUUCCCCGCCGGGAUCGUCCGCGUCUUCAGCGGGAACCUGGCGCCACCCGUGCUCAGCUUCCGUCUGCUGCGCACGGCCCCUAUCGAGCAGUUCCUGCCCAACGCCGAGAUGCUUUACAGCGACCCAUCCCAGAGCGACCCCAGCACCAAGGACUUCUGGCUGAACAUGGCAGCGCUGACCGGGCACCUGCAGCGCCAGGCAGAGCAGGCCCCCGCCGCCUCCUACUACAAUGUGGCCCUGCUCAAGUACCAGUUCUCCAGGCUGGGCCCCAGCGCGGCCCCCCUGCAGCUCUCGGUGCGCUGGGACUGUGCAGCCGCCGCCACCCAGGUGUGCGUGGAGUACGCCUACAACGCCGGCGCCAUGGCUGCCCCUGCGCCCCUCGCCAACGUCCAGGUGCUGCUGCCCGUGGAGGAGCCAGUCGCCAACAUCCGGCUGCAGCCGGCUGCCAGCUGGAACCUGGAGGAGAAGCGGCUGCUGUGGCGGCUGCUGGACGUGCCCAGCGCGCCGGACCAGAGAGGCUGCGGCUGCCUCUCGGCCAGCUGGCAGCCCCUGGACGGGCCCAGCCGGCCCAGCCCUGUGGCCGCCCAGUUCACCAGUGAAGGCAGCACCUUGUCAGGGGUGGAGCUGGAGCUGGUGGGCAGCGGGUACCGCAUGUCGCUGGUGAAGAAAAGGUUCGCUACAGGGAUUUACCUGGCUGGCUCGUGAGCGGUGCCAUCUCCAGCAGCCCCGCGAAGCUGCUGGCGCGUCCCUUGGUGUCUCCCCCGUGGGUGUCUCUGUUUGUUGUUGGGUUUUAAGCACUGGAAGUGGGCGGGAGGGGGCCGGGCCGGUUUCGGGGGCUCCGCGGGGUCACGUGUCCCCGCAGUCCAGGCACGGUGCCAGGCUGGCCGGACGCAGCCCUGCUCCCUCUAGCGCGGCCCAAGUCCCUGCUGGGGCCAAACAGGCACCCUG